AAACGACGUAUAAGCGCGCGCGUUAAAAUGUGUGGGAACGUAUUGUGAUAACCGUCUUUGUGAUAAACGCGUGUGUAAAUAUUGUGAACUUACAAAACAAUAAAAAUAUCGCAAUUAUGUGCAAGCCGCGGUAAAUCUGUACGUGCUUUAAAUAAUAGUUUUCUAUUCAUAUUGUGUUUUGGAGAAAAACAGUGACUAACAAUUAUUGUUUAUAAAUACAAACGGAAUAUUCGUGAAGAAAUAUCUUAUGAUAUUUUAAAAAUAUAUUUUAUUUUUGUAAUACUAAGCGUAUUAAAAACAAAUAAAAAAUGGAGGUAUCCACAGCAAAAGCAUUAUCAAUGGUCGCUUUGGGAGUUGGCAGUUUUAUCACCGGUAUGACACCGGUUUGCUUCACAGAAGGAGCCAGACAGAGACAUCCUCUUUUAAUUUCUACACUCUUAUGCUUCGGAGCUGGUGUACUUCUGUCAACUUCGUUAGUACACAUGCUUCCCGAAGCGCGGGAAAAGUUGCCGAAGUACUCCGAACUUAUGUUAUGUAUUGGGUUUUUCAUCGUCUAUUUCGUUGAUGAAAUGGUGCAUUUGUUUUACGGUGGUAUGGGACAUAAUCAUCAAGGAUCGAGUUAUGGAAGUGGGGAAGCAACUAGUCUACUAUCUCGUAAUGAUGGUGAGAUGGAUAGAUGCUGCGGUGACAAUGGAAACCAGAGAAUCUGCCAUGUAAAUCACACGCCUCCAUGCAAUAGAAGUUCAUCAGGAGUGAUCGGUCUACUUUGUGCUUUGUUUGUGCACAGUCUGCUUGAAGGGUUAGCGAUUGGAUUGCAAGAGACUACCUCUCAGGUUAGCUUUUUUGUUACUGAUUUGAACUCGUGAUUCACGUUUCAAUGC